AAUGUCUCUUCUGCUGCUGCCUCCGGCCACGAGACGGAGAGCGUCCAGCCAUUCUGACGAUCGUUGUCAACGGCCAUUAGUCCUGCACCCCGCGUGCUGUGCGUGACUGAAGGGCCGCCGAAGAUCAUCCUUGACGAACAAGCACGACAUGUCCCACACAAGUCCUUGACAUCAUGACAUUGGUCUCCCCCUUUUCAGGAACAUGUCUUCGAUGAUCUGAUUCUGUCGCUGCUUGAUGUCUCUCUACAACAGAAAUAGUGAAGCCACCUUCAGGCCGCUAUUCCUGCGCGUCGUCGUCUAGAGAAACGCCUCUCUUUCCCGCGUCGUCGCCAUUGCAAGGCCCUUGGCGACAGUCACUGUUCAGAGCAGCUCUCCCAUUUUAAUCCCGGACCAGUGCAAUUAACCCAGACAUGUCAAGGCGCGUAUCGGCAGCUGCUUCAGGGGUCCGACGAGUAACUAGGAGCACUGUAUCUGCACCGGUGAAAGGAAGAAACAAUGUUCAGGUCAAGAAGGAGGAUCAAGAUCAAGAUGGCAUAAUCGUCAAACAAGAGCAGGGAACUCCUCAGAAAAGGCGCACUUCGUCAUACCCAGAAGAGACACCAGCCAGGAAAAGGGUCAAAAAGGAGGACGACAUUGGCUUGAUCAGCCCAACUCCGUCUGAUGAGCCACACACGUUGGCGCCUUCUCCAAAGAAAUCCAAGCCCAAGAAGUCAGACUCCUCCGAUUUGAAGGCGAAGAAACUCAAGUCCUAUGCCCAGUUUGCCAACCAAUCCCCAUUCCCGGACUUUCACCACCCGACAUCUGAAGAAUGCAAGCUCGCCCACAAAAUCCUUGCCUCCCUCCACGGCCCUCGGAUCCGACCCAAAGAAGUGGUCGCCUCGACUACGCGAGCAGGAUGCGGCGACUCUCCCACCGUCCUCGACGCGCUGGUCCGCACCAUUCUCUCCCAAAACACGAGCGACGUCAACUCGACGCGGGCGAAGAAGAGCAUGGACAAGGUAUAUGGAGGGAGCGAUAAAUGGGACGCUAUUGUUGCUGGAGGUGAAGCGAAGCUUCAAGAGGCUAUCAAAUGCGGCGGACUCAGCGCGGUCAAGAGCAAAGUCAUCAUGAGCAUCUUGAAGCAGACCCACGAAAAGUAUGGCAAGUACUCGCUGGACCAUUUACACCAGGCGUCCAGUGAAGAGGCCAUGCAGGAGAUGCUGUCCUUCCAGGGCGUGGGGCCCAAGACGGCCAGCUGUGUCUUGCUCUUCUGUCUCCAGCGAGAGAGCUUUGCUGUCGAUACGCACGUCUGGCGCAUUACGGGCUUGUUGGGGUGGCGACCCAAGAAUGCCACGAGAGAUGAGACACACGCGCACUUGGACGUCAUGAUCCCGGACGAGGACAAGUACGGGCUACACAUAUUAUUGGUCACGCACGGAAAGAGGUGCGAGGAAUGUCGGGCCGGAGGGAAGAACCUGGGCAAAUGCGAAUUGAGGAAGGCCUUCCGGCAGAAAAAGAUACAGGGCGAGGCAGGAGAGGAAGCCCAGCAAGAGGAGAGGGAUGCAUUGAAGAAAGAGGAGGAAGAAGAGUGCUGAGUAGCCCUCCUCGUUGUGAUCUGUAUAAUCGUGUAAUAUUGGCAUUCCCACACAUCAAGUGUACAGAAUAGUUGGAGCGAGUAACUGUACCGGCUCAGGCGGCCGUUGCCAUGGUUGGAGCAAGGCUGAGAGCUGUACGUAAAAUGAUGAUGCUGGUGGCUUUUUUGUCUUUG